AUGUCUAUAUGUGCCUGUCCACAUCUAUCUAUCUAUCUAUCUAUCUAUCUAUCUAUCUAUCUAUCUAUCUAUCUAUCCUUUUCUGUGCAUUUCUUUCUUUUUUCUUUUUUUCCUCUUCUGUGCAUAUCUAUCUAUCUAUCUAUCUAUCUAUCUAUCUAUCUAUCUAAACUUUUCUGUACAUUUCUUUCUUUCUUUCUUUCUUUUUCUGUGCAUAUCUAUCUAUGUAUCUAUCUAUCCUUUUUUGUGCAUUUCUUUCUUUCUUUUUUCUUUCUUUCCUCUUUUGUGCAUAUCUAUCUAUCUAUUUAUCUAUCUAAACUUUUCUGUCCAUUUCUUUCUUUCUUUUUCUGUACAUAUCUAUCUAUCUAUCUAUCUAUCUAUCUAUCUAUCUAUCUAUCUAUCUAUCUAUCUAUCUAUCUAUCAUUUUUUUCUAUCUAUACAAAAUUAUCCUCACUUCAUAUCUAUCUAUCUAUCUAUCUAUCUAUCUAUCUAUCUAUCUAUCUAUCUGAUUCUUUUCACAUCUAUCAAUCUAUGAAACACAGACGAAUUAUAUAUAUUUAUCUAAUAUGGAAGAAACCAGUUAAUUUACUAUCAGGAGAGAAUAUCUAUCUAUCUAUCUAUCUAUCUAUCUAUCUAUCUAUCUUAUAA